CAGCGAUCGCUUAUCAAUCCUCCGACAUAUAUUGAAUAUAAAGGUGCUCGCUUUUUGAUUGUCGAUGCACCAAGCAACAACAAUCUACCACUCUACAUAGAGGAAUUCAACCGAUGGAACGUAAGCGACGUUGUCAGGUGCUGCUACGCCACGUAUUCGCCCACAUUGUUGGAGGAAAAAGGGAUCCAGGUGCAUGACUGGGUAUUUGGGGACGGCGAGGCACCACCUGCUACCAUUGUUGAUGCAUGGCUAAAUUUGGUCGACGAACGGUUUCCAGAGCAGCAAGACAAACAGCGACAGGAUGGCGACCCUCCUGCACCAUGCAUUGCUACGCAUUGUGUGGCGGGUCUUGGAAGAGCGCCUGUAUUAGUCGCGAUAGCUUUGAUUGAGUUGGGGAUGCCUGCGCUAGAUGCUGUCGCCUAUAUCCGUGAACGGCGACGAGGUGCGAUU